AUGACUUCGCUCGAUCCCAGUUAUAUAUGGGAUAGUUAUAACCUUGAUGAAUUGAAUAAUCAACUAAUAUUUGAAAAGGAAACGUUAUCAUUUACUUUGCUUAAUGUAAAUUUUGAUGAAAUCGAAAAAAUUCAUGCACAUUUAAAAGAAUUUUUGGAUCCCUUCGUAGAAUACUAUCCAUGGUUCCAUUCACCUCCAGUAUUCCAACAAUACAAACACAAGCAAAUAAGCUAUAUAUACGGAGAGUUUAUAUAUCAAGAAUGUCUAAACGAUGAAUGGUUAUUGACCAAUCUAUUAUGGGAGUUUCUGACCUUUUAUCCAGACUUAUAUAUCCACCUAUGGGAUUCAUCAGACUUUGAAUUCAUUUUGGUUGAAAGUUCCGAUUUGAUACCGACUUGGUUGGAGCCUAAUAAUUCCCUAAACAGGGCUUGGAUAAAUGACAAAACUGUCCUAAUUAUUAAUCCAAACCAAGAGCUAAAUAAUUUGACAUUAGAAGAGGCAUUAGAGGAGCUUCUUGAUGGAAAUUUCCGAAAGUAUCCAGCAGUUGCAGAUCAUUUAAAAGACAAGUUAUCUAAAAUAAAUGAAUCGUUUUUGAUUGACACAAUCUAUGACCUUGAAACUUCAUUACCGAGUCAAGUAAUACAAAUAUUUGCAGACAAACCAUAUUUAAUAUCACAAUCAAUUAAUGAGUUUGUGAAAGAAUCAUUAUCUCCCAGUCAGAAUUUAAAAUCUAUUCAGAAUGAUCUGUUCAUACCUACGAAAAUUGGAAUACCAUUUUUGAGUUUGAAUUUAAUGAAAUUUAAACAAUUAGAACUACAAACUACCAAUGCCCUGGAUUAUGAUUUCGGACUAUUGGUUUCCAAGAUUCUAACGAUAGGGGUAGAUAAUAUCAUGAGACUGAGUGAUUGCUUACCCAGACAAGCAAGUAAGCGGUCAAAUUUGUCGAGAAGCGUUAUUCAGGACAUACUUAUAGAAUGUGGAAGACUUGCUGAUCGUGUUCCUGAAAAUACUGAAAUAUUUCAACAGUUUGAGAAUAUGAAUGAAGCCGAUGUUUCAUCUGAUUUCAACGAAUCUGCAUUAAUUGACAGAUUUAAUGAGUUUUUCAAGGAUACGACUGCGGGAUUGGACGGUAUAGAUAAUGCAAGUAGUAAUGAAGAAACGGCAGACAGAGGACAAGACGAACCUGAAAAUAGUAAGAUAAAUGAUAUUGAAAUUGAUGAAGAUGACUUUUUUGAGUUUUUUUUAAAGGAUGCGUUGAAAUUAUCAGAUAAAGAUAUAGACGGUUUUCGGAAUACUGAUUUGCCUACGAAUACGAAGAGAAAAUUUAAGGAUUUUAAAGAAUAUAGUAAUGAUAGUGACUAUCAAACAGAUACGUCAACAGAAUAUGAUGAUGGCGAAGAAAAUGACGAAAUUGAUGCCGAAUAUGGGGAUGAGGAUGGAGAUGUUGAUGACGAGGAAGAAAAAUAUAUCAAACAGUUUCUACAGAAGUUGAAUGGUAAUAAUAAUAUUGAUGGUUUGACGAAUUUAUUCAAGAGUAUUAAUACAGAUAUCGGCCCUGGCUCAGUACUUUUACAACAGGUUAUAUCACAACAACAAAAUAAACGGAAAGAAUAA